AUGGACAAGAGAAAAAAGAAAAACAAAAAAACGGAAAUAAAUGAUCCUGGUGAUGAAAUUAAUAAUUCUGAAAAAGAAAAAGGGGGCACACAAUUUGAUGAGUCAUAUCCGUUUGAUAAUUCUGAACCUAAUCACAUAAAUGAAAAUCAUAAUCUUAAUGAUGAUAAACAAAAACAUGCUAAUAUAAAAAAUACUAGUGAAAAAAAAAGUAAAAAUACAAUCAACUCUUUUGAAAAUGAUAUACAUGAAUUUUUACCACAACAUGUGGAUAAUAAUUCAGACAUUUUUCACAUAAACAAAGUUAAUAAAAUCGAAGAAAAUAAUAUAAAUAAUAAUGAACAAAAUAGAGAUCCUAAUGAUCGUCCUGAUCCCAAAGGGAAUGAUGAAAGUGAUUUUGAAAAAAAUGAUAAAAAUAAUAAUUUAUUAGUUACAAAUGAAAAUGUUAAUAAUCAUUUUGAAAACAGUGAUGGAAAUAGUAAUCAACAAUUAAAUAAAAAUGACGAUAUAGAUGAAUAUAAUGAACAUUCAAAUAAAAGUGAGGAUACUGAUGAGGAUAGAAGUGGUCGAAAAAAAAGAUCUGUCAAAGAUAAUGUCUAUGAAGAUUUUAUAAGGGAGUAUAAAAAUUUACAAUCCCUAUUUUCAUAUAAUAAAACUAUAAUGAAUGAAAGUUUUGAUCCAAUGCCGAGUAUUUCUGAAGACGACAAUAAUAACAGCGAUAAAAAUGAUAAUGAACACAAUGAAGAUAUAAAAACUCCCUUUGAUGAAAAUGUAAAUAAAAGUGCAACAUCAUGUAAUCAUGCAAACCCUGAUUAUUCAGCUACAUAUAAUUUAAACAAUGAUGCAGCUGCUAUAUCGGAUGCAAACAAAACUAGAGAAAAGACCAAUGAACAAGCACGUGAACAAGCGCGAGAAAAAAAGGUAGACGAAACCAACAAUCACCACGCCUCGAACCAGUUAAAUUACCCAACCAAUAAUGAUGCUAAAGAAAAUGAAAAUAAAAGUCUUUUGAGUGAGAAGGAAAAUGAAAAUGAUAAAGAGAAGACAGUAGAAGCUAAAAAUAAUGAUACCCAUUUUGGUGAAGAUAAGGAACAUAUGGAAUUAAAAAAAGAAAUUAAACAUAAAGAAUCUGAAAAUCAAGAAAAUAAACAAAAUAAACAAAAUAAACAGAAUAAAGAAAAAGAAAUAAAUGAUAAUGUCCCAGAAAAUGAAGAAAAUAUAAUAUGGAAAAAAGAAAAAGAUAUCGAUGAAACUUCUAAAAAAAAAGACGAUCAUUAUAUACAAAAAAAAAAUACAAUCACACUACAACCACAAGAAAUAAAUUCAAGUAGCAAUAUAAGUGUAGCUAGCAUAAUUAAUGACAAUCUUAAUGAUUAUAAUCUUUAUAAAAAAAAUAUAGCAAAAAUGGAUAUAGAUCAAAUUCCCAAUGAUUUAAAAAAAAAAACACAUCACUCAAUUGAUAAUAAUGAACAUAAAAAUAAUCGAAUAAGUGCAGAAAUUCAAAAAAGCAAAAGUGAAACAAAUAAUAUAAAAAUUAAAAAAGUAGAAAAAGAAAUGGAUAAUCAAAAUUUUUAUAUAAACAUUUUAGAUGAAAAUGGUAAGGAUAAUUCCAAAAAGGACUUAUAUUUAAAUAAUUCAUUUUAUUCAUCAAAGCGUGAUAAUAAUAAUAAUGCUAAGGUAAAGAGUGCUAAACAUGUAGACGAGAUAAAUCCCAAAAUAAAAAAAGUGAGUAAACAUCAAGUUACCUCUGAUGAAGGUAGCGAAAUUGAUGAAAUUGGUCAUGAUAAUUAUAGCAAACAUCGAAAAAAAGAUAUUAAAAAAAAAAAAAUGGAAAAAAAAAAUAAUAAUACUGAAAAUACAUUCGAUUCAAAAUAUCUAAACGAUGACAAUAUUAGUCUUUCUUAUUUUACUGAAGAUAAAAAAGAAGAUUAUGAUUCAAAUCAUGAAACCAAAGAAACAUCCCAUGAAUAUGGAAAAGUUAAGAAACAUAUAAGAGAACAUAAAGAAACAAAUAAAUAUAAAACUGUCAACCCUACAAUUGUGAAUAAAAUAAAAAAUAUAAACAAACAUACAGAUUUUAAUAUAAAUAGUUUAGAUAACCAACUAUGUAAAUUAGAUUCACCAAUAAAACGUGACAAACAUCAUAAAGAGACAACGAAAAAAAAAUCAAUCCAAACUUCAAGCUCAGUUAAAAAAAAACAUACUAAACAUAGUAGUAAAAGAAAUAAAAGAGAAGACGAUGGAAAUAAUAGUGAUAUGAAAGAAUGGGAAUCCAAAUUUCUUGAAGAAGACGAAGAAGAUGAUGAAGAAGAUAAUGAUCCAUAUUUGGCAAUUAUAAAUGAAAAAAAAAAAAAAAAAGAAAGUAAACAUUCAAAGAAAAAAAAAAUACAUACAGUAAAUGAAAGUUUUAAUAAUUCCAUAUCUUCAGUUGAUGAUACUCAAAGUGGACAAGAAGAAGAUGAAAAUGAUCAAGCUAUGCAACUUGGAUUUUUUAAUUUUUUUGAUAAAAGAAAAAAUAAUGAACAUAUAGUAAAUAUACAAAAAGAAGAUAAUGAAUUCGAAAGAGAAGAAUUAAAUUAUAAAAAAAAAAAAAAAAAAAAAAAAGAACAUAAUCGAAAGUCGAAUGAUAUAUUAAAAGAUGAUGCUAAAUUUGAAAAUAAUAUAAAUAACUUUUUUAGUUCUUUUUGGGAUAGUAAAAAUUUAAAAAAAAAUAAUAAAGAAGAUUUAUACAACCUUAAUAAUGAAAAUAAUAAAGACAUGUAUUCAGCUAGCAAAAUGGAAAAGAAAAUGAAUAAACCAUAUCUUUAUAUUUCAAAAGAAGAUAACCUAAAUGAACAAAUAGAUAGAUUAAGAAGAGAGAUCGCUCAAAAUAAUAUUUUAGACGAGCAUGAUAAACAUAUAGAUGAAAGAAAAAAUGACAUUAGAAAAUUACUUCAUUGGGAAGAUGAAAAAAAAGGAAAACAUACUAGCAAAGAUGAUAAAAAAGAAAGAGAUAAAUUUCGAGAAAAAGAUAAAAUAAAAUAUCGAGAAAAAAUGAGCUAUCCCAAUUAUGAAUAUAAUAAAAAUUAUGUUGAAGAUAGACAUAAAUAUAAAAAAAAUAAUUUGGAAAAUUAUGAUGAAUCAUUUAAUCCGUAUUCGAUCGAAGGAUAUAACUAUACUAGUAGUGAUCAUGAAAAAAGAGAAAGUGAAUUAAAACGAGUUUACAAUAAGCAUGAAAGAAAAUAUAUGGAUGGAAUGGGUUUAAAUAAAAAUUAUGAUGCAAGUUUAAAAAAAAAACACCAUAAAAAUGAAGACAAAGAAAAUAAUUAUUACUUAGAAAACAAUAAUGAUAACUCUACUGUAAAUAAUAAUGGCUACACUACAAAAGGGCUUGGAUUUUUUUCAAGUAAUUUUUUUCAUUUAAAAAAAUUAAUAGAAAAAAAAAAUGUUGAAAAUAAUGAUUCAAUAAAAAGAGAAAAUCCAUUAGAUAAAUUUUAUGAGAAAAAUGAAAAUAAUUCAAAAAAUGAAAAAAAAAAAUUAAGUUCUUUUGAUAUAUUUCAAAAACUUAUAAAUAAUAAAGGAGGGUCAAAAUAUGGGAAAAUCGCUGAAUCUUAUAAAAGAGAAAACAAUAAUGUUGCAGAAGAACUUUAUCAUCUUUCAAGAGGAAAAGGAAGUAUAAAUGAAUAUACAAACCAUCAUGAAACAGCACAAAUAAGUGAUGGAUAUAGUGAAAAGGUAGGGCAUAAUGAUAUAGAUGAUUAUACAAAUUUUCAAACUUAUAGAAGAAAUCCAGAUGAUCGCGAUCGAAGAUAUUAUAAAGAUAGACGUGGUGAAUAUCAUGAAAAUGAAAAACAUGAAAAAAAUAGUAAACAUAAAAAACAUUCUGAAUAUAAAUGGAAAAAAAUAAACAAAGAAUUAAUAAAUGAACAUACAGACAAUAUUGAAGAUGAUGAAAAAUCUUUGAAAUUUCGAAAAAAUUUUAAUUCAAAUGUAACUAGAACAGUGUCAAAUGAAAGUAUGGUAAAUGAAUUUGGUAUGGAUAAAUUAAAUCAACAAUUUACAGAUGAUGAAAAAAAUGAAAAUAAUAAUUUAAAUAAAUAUGAAGAAAAAGAUGAUGAGAUUUAUGAAAAUGGUGAAAGCUUUUUAUAUUCUAUUGACAAUUUUAAAAUUGUUAAAAAUAUUCUACUAUCUUUAGAAUUAACUAAUGAUAAUAAAAUUAAUAAAAUUCGAAAAAUAUUAUUUUAUUCCUCUAGUGAAGAAAAAAAAAAAAUUAUGGAUGAAAUUUUAAAUACUCUCUACAUAUAUCCACAAUUAUAUGUAUCUUGUAUAAUUUGUUUGUUUUAUUUAUUUAUACUAGAUAAUGAUUUAUUUGAAAGAAAAUUUUCACCAGAAGAUUUAGUCUACCUAUUUAAUGACAAAAUAGAUUUUCGUUAUGCUGAAUGGUUUUUAAAAACAUAUUUAUUUUACAAAUAUAAAUUUUCAAACUCUUCAAAUUCAUAUUAUGAGCAUAAAAUUAAUAUUUGUGAUGAUGAAUUAUUUGAUGAAUCUCUCAAGUUUAAAGAUGCUGCAAUUGGAAAGGACAAAAUGCCAAAAACAGAAAAAGUGAAAAAUGAAAAAACUGGCGAUAUAAACAGCUUAAUUAGUGAAAAAGAUGAUACACGUGGUAAUUCAACUUUAGAUGGUAUAGAAGGAAAUGAAAAGGGAAAAAAAAAAAAAAAAAUAAAAAAUAUGAUAUGCGAUAAUUUUUUUGAAUCAUAUAAUUCAAGUGGAGAUUCAAUGGAUAAUUAUGUUUAUUGUCAAAAUGAAAAAAUAGAAGAACGAAGUAAAAAUAAUGAAUUAGAUAAACAUCCUGAAAGAAAAAUAGAUGAAAUUUGUAAUAAAAUUGAAACAAAUGAAUAUGUAGGAUAUAAUGAAUGUAAAAUGUUAUUAAAAAUAUGUUUAACUAAUGAAAAUAUUCAAAAUAUUAAAAUGUUAUCUGAAAGUAAAAUAAGAAGUUUAGUUAUUUCCAUCUGGCUAAAUAUCCGUUGUUCUAGACCCAAAAAAUAUUUUCUAAAAUUAAUAUACAAUUGGAUAAAUAAUAAAAAUGAUGACUUUAAUAAAAAAAAAAAUUUAUUUAAUUUGCUGAAAGCAGAAAAGAAACAUAAUAAAAAAAUAACAAAAGCAUGUUUUAAUUAUUUUUUAAAAUUUUUAAUAAAAUAUAAAGAAAAUUGUUCAAAUGAUAUUAUAUAUACUUUAUAUUUAAUAGAUGAACAUGAAUUAAAAUUAUAUUCAAAAAAAUUUAUUGAAAAAAAUCAAAUUAAUAUUAAUCAAUUUAUAUCUAUAUGGAAUAUAAUGUGUAUAUUAUUUUGGGAUACUAAAAAAAUACAUAACUUUACUUUUUCAAAAACUAAUACUAAUAAUUAUUAUUACGAUUUUAUGCUUAUAUUUUUAAAAACAUUCUAUGAAUAUAUAUUUUCAGCUAAUUCACAAAUGUCACAAAAUAUGUAUUUUAAAAAAAUGAGUAAUAUUAGUGGGGUAUCUACAAUCAAUUUUUCAAACAGAAGUUAUAAUAAACUUUCUUCUAAAGCUUCUUCAACAUAUGCUGAAUCACAAAACAAAGGAAAUUACAAUGAUGAGUCCGACGAUUUCAACCUUUUUGAUGUUGAAAAUAUUAUCAAAGAUUUCAAUUUUAAUGAUAUUGUUAAUGUUGAAGUAAAUUCAAAAAAUUUAAUGCAUUCCCCUCGUGAUCACAUUCACGAUUCCCAGGGAACUCAUCCCUCCGAGUCCAUGGAGUCAGAAAACCGAGAGGAAGCUGAACAGUCCGAGCAAGCCAAGGAAAACACAAUCGGAAUAAAAAACAUGCUCAAAUUCAUAAUACAAAAAAGCAAAAAGGAAAAAAAUAUGAUAUGCUGUAGUGAUGUUAAUGAAGUUAAAUUGCUAGUAUUUUUAGGUAUAUGUAUAAAAAUAGUUAUAUGUAGAAUUUCAAAUUUAUUAAACGCAAAAGCAUGUUUAGAACAAUUUUACUACUUCAUAAAUCAUAAAGUAUUGGGUUUAAAAAUAUUUAGACAUUCUCAUAUAGUUUUAGUUUAUUUUAUUCCGUUUUUCAAAAAAUAUUAUUUUUUAUGGAAAUUUAUUGAGCAUGAAAUAGAUCCAGAAAUUAUUAAACUCAUAAAUGCAAUUAUAAAUAACUUAGAGAACUUACAAAAUAAUAUUGGAAAUAAUCCCAUGUUAUAUCCAUACAAUCGUAGUAAUACAUCAUUACCUGAAGUAGAACAUUUUUCUCUCCCUUCAAAAGAUAAAAAUUUAAAUCAUAUCUUUAAUAAUUUUUCUAACCAAUGUAAAACGCAUGAUUAUAAAACAGGCUUCUCUCACAGCAUAUCAGUAGAAAAUGCCAAUUCAAAACAAAACAUGUUUAUGCAUCAACAAAAUAAUUUAUCAAUGGGUUCUGAUUUACCAGAAGCAGAUCUAUUUAAUCUAAAAAAUAAUAAAAAAAAAAAAAAAAAUACUGAACAUUUUGAAGAUUCACAUAACAAAAACAGACGACAUCCUCAUGAUUAUUCUGAAUUUAAUUUAAAUAAAAAUUUUCAUAAAAACCUAAUUAAUAAUAUUAAUUAUUUAAGACCGAACUCUUUAUUUAAUACCAAUGAAAAUUGUGAUCAAGGUAUUACAUACGAUGACAUGUUUAGAGAUAAUGAUAGUGAAAGUGAAGAUAAUUAUUUUGAUAAAGAUAAAAAUAAAAUUUGUAAUGUUAAAGAAUAUAUUACAAAUUUACAUUUUAAUAAUUUGCCAGAUGAUCCUACUUCUUUGAAAAAUGAUGAUGAACAUAAAAAAUCGGAAGAUAAAAAAAAAAAAAAAAAAAAAUUAAAAAAUGAAAAUAGUAAAGAAGAACAAGAAAACGGAGAAGAAGAAAAUAGUAAUAAUAAAGCACAACAAAAAGAACAUAAUAAUAUUUCAAAAUUAAAUGAUCAAAAUGAUGAUAUUUCAUUUUAUAAUAUGCCAGAUAAUGAACAUGCAGAAAAUAAAAUAACAAACAAUACUAGCAAUACUCGAAAAUAUAUGCAUGAAAACAACUUUAAUGAAUAUAAAAAUGGAAAUAAAAAAGGAUUACCAACCAGUUAUACUCAUAAAGACGGCUCAACAAGUUUUGAUGAAGAUAAAUAUAGACAAAGUAAUCGAUCAAAUACUCCUCAAAGUAAUGGAAUUAAAAAAUUUCCUACUAUUUCCUAUGAAGAUGCUGAUAAUUCAAAUAAUAUGAUGGAUAAAAAAACACAAAAAAAUUAUAUAAAUAUAGAAUUCGAUAGAGAAAAAAAAGAAAAUAUUGUAUCAUCGAAAAAGUUAAGUAAUAUUGAAAAUAUUAAAGGAUUUAAUAAUGGUGAUAAUUAUAAUAACAACAAUGAAACAAUAAAUAAUCCUAGAACGAUUCAAACCAAUGCUCAUACUACUAGCUAUAACAGAAGUAAUAAUAUGAGACCAAAUGAUUAUGAACAAUUUAUAAGAGAGAAAGAUAAAAAAAAAGAUUUAAAUAUUUUACAAAGAAAAGGAAUAUCUCUUGUUAAUUCUACAACAAAUAAUAAUUAUGAAGAAAUAAAUAUAGUUAAUAAUAAUGUAGAAAAAAAUAAACAAAUUAAUUCAGAUAAAUUAAUACAAAAACGACCUAAAUAUUUAAUGCUACCAAUUGAUACAAUUGAAUUAAAAAAAAUGCAAAAAGGAAAAUUACGACAUCCACCUGUCGGUUUAAUAAAUCUAGGAAACACUUGCUACUUAAAUAGUUUAUUACAAGCAUUAUAUAAUACUGUUUCAUUUGUUGUUAAUCUAUACAUUUUUAAUAUUGAUGAUAGUAAAGAUUUAAAACAUAUUAAUAAUAAAAAUAUCUCUAAUGAAAUGCCCAUUAAAGAUAAAUUAUCAUAUAGCCCAACCAAUACAAAUAUAAAUAAUUAUACAGCAAGCUUACUUUCAAAACGAUUUUUAUAUGAACUCAAAAUAUUAUUUAAAUUAAUGACUACAACAAAUAAAAAAUAUGUUUCACCAGAUAAUAUUUUAGGUAUACUUCCUCAAGAACUUAACAAUAGAAAUCAACAAGAUGUUACGGAAUUAUUUAGAUAUACAUUUGAACAAUUAGGAGGAUCAGAAAAAAAAUUUCUAAGAUUAAUAUUUUCAGGAGUUGUUAUACAAAAAGUUCAAUGUCAAAAAUGUUUAUUCAUUUCAAAAAAAGAAGAAAUUAUUCACGACUUAUCAUUUCAUGUUCCUGCAAAAUCAAAUAAAAAACAGUCUAUCCAAAAAUUCUUUGAUACAUAUAUUCAAAAAGAAAAAAUUUAUGGCAACAAUAAAUACAAGUGCUCAAAAUGUGACAAAAGACGAAAUGCCCUCAAAUGGAAUGAAAUCAUAUCCCCCCCUUGCCACCUCAUAAUAAUUCUUAACAGAUACAACUGGUCGUUUAGCUCGAAUGAAAAGAAGAAAAUAAAGACGCAUGUCAAGAUUAACAAAAAGAUAGUUGUAAACAAUUUUGAUUAUCGAUUGUAUGGAGCAAUAAUUCACAGUGGUGUGUCAGCAUCAUCAGGCCACUAUUAUUUUAUUGGAAAGAAAUCAGAAAAAGGUGAUAAUUCAAAAAAUGAAUGGUAUCAAAUGGAUGAUUCAGUUAUUACUAAAGUUAGUUCUAAAUCUAUAAACCGAAUUUCUAAAGAUCCCUCAAAUGAUCAUACUCCUUACGUUUUAUUUUAUCGUUGUAAACAAGCUCCGGUUUCCCCAAGCUUAUACUUUUAA